CUAGACAGAACCUGGUAGCUUACCGGGGUUACCAUUAUUUGGUAACAGCCAGUCCUGACUGAGUCCCUGCAUUUCUUUUUCCACACACGAGAGUUGGAGUAUUACCUCAUUACAUAACACGCCUGUCAACUUGUCCUUCUUCACCGUGCCCCUCUCUCUCUCUCUCCCUCCCCCCUCUUUCUUUUUGAAUCCCAAACAAUACCUCUUGCCUCUUGCGAUGACUGUCAACUCUCUCCUCCGCGUAUCCCAGUACGACUUCGUUUACCUCUAAGACCACCUCGAACAACAACCUGGAAUCCUCGUUCUUCCGCCUAUCGCCUAUAGCCUCUCCUCCCCGCCCCACGCAAAGAAGCCGAUGCCCCGAUAAUUCUCUCUCGCCCCUGCCUUAACGGAGCCUGGUUACAUCCGCUACUUGACAACGCUGCUGGGGGUUUGGGAUGACUUCAAACCCCGACGAGGCCUCCUCGAGGCCAAGUAUAGAGGAGGAGGCCGGAGAAGUGCUGCAGCAGUCAUCCUACCCCGACACCGCAGCCUCCCGCACACCGACUACAUCCCCCGGCUCGCCGUUAGAAUCCGGCGGCGGCGCCGCCGAGAGAGUUUAUCCAAUCCGGUCGAUCAUUUCCGUCGACACGUCCAACAGCCAACAUCCGCGAGACGUCACAUCGCCGACGAGGGGACCUUCGACCGGAGCCAGAUCGCUGUCCAUCAUUGAUGCCCAGACCUGGGACGAGUUGCGAGCGCAGCAGAAUCGGACAACCGAGGUUCCUCUCCCCGACAAUAACACCCCAGUGUCCUCCGGCGAGGUCCCGGAAAUCCCUGCCUCGUCCUUGGGAAAUGAGCAACAGCCGCUGGCAAGCCACAAUGACGAUGUUGCGAGCAGGAGGGAAUCUGGGAGCCUGAUCACCCAACGUUUCAAACAUAUCUUUACCGAACAAGGCCAUGCGAUCAUCACGGGGAGAUCUGCCGAUGGAUUUACGGCCUGCGAAGAUGAGCCCAUCCAUACGCCCGGUGCGAUUCAGAGCUUCGGUGCCAUGGUCGCCCUGCGUGAGGAAUCCGACGGCAUCCUGGCAGUUCGCAUAGCCAGUGAAAACACCAAGAAUAUACUCGGCUAUUCGCCCAGGAGACUCUUCGCCCUCGAGAGUUUCACCGAUAUCAUGCUUGAAGACCAGGCCGAUAUUCUGCUGGACCACAUUGAUUUUGUUAGGGAGGACAACUAUGACCCUUGCGCCGACGGUCCAGAAGUGUUUAUCCUGUCUCUUUUUGGAUCUGCAGGCCGACCGAUUCGGCUUUGGUGCGCCAUUCAUGUUAACCCCGCCAACGAGGAUCUAGUUAUCUGCGAGUUCGAGCUGGAGGACGACAGACUCAACCCCCCGAACCCUUCAGAUCAAUCGAUCACCCCGUCGCCAACGGAUACUCUUCGUGUUGACUUCACGCCCGAGCAGUUGGCUUCCAGCACAAUGAACAUUAGCCAGCCUCUGCGGGUACUCCGGAAAGCGCGCGGCCGACGCGGCGAGGCAGCUGCCAUGGAAGUUUUCGGCAUUAUAAGCCAGAUUCAGGAUCAGCUCGGUCGUACCGAGACUUUGGAUGCGCUACUCAACACGACCAUCGGCAUUGUCAAAGAAUUGACCGGGUUUCAUCGUGUCAUGAUUUAUCAGUUCGACAUCGACUGGAAUGGCAUAGUGGUGGCCGAAUUGGUCGACCCUAGUACCAGCAAGGAUCUGUACAAAGGGCUUCACUUUCCGGCUACGGACAUCCCUAAACAAGCUCGCGAUCUCUAUCGGAUCAACAAAGUGCGCAUACUUUAUGACCGCGAACAGGUCACCGCUCGUCUGGUCUGUCGGGCAAAGAAAGAUCUGGAGCGUCCGCUGGACAUGACACACUCGUACCUGCGUGCCAUGUCGCCCAUUCAUGUCAAAUACUUGGCAAAUAUGGGGGUCCGCGCAUCCAUGUCAAUUAGUAUUGACGGGCCGCACGCACUCUGGGGCUUGAUUUCGUUACAUACGCACGGUGAUCAUGGCAUGCGGGUCUCCUUCCCGCUCCGAAAAAUGUGCCGCUUGAUUGGCGACACUCUGUCACGAAACAUUGAGCGUCUGUCCUAUGCCUCUCGUUUGCAGGCCCGCAAACUCAUCAACACCGUUCCCGCGGACGCAAACCCUUCGGGAUAUAUAAUUGCGUCGUCGGAUGAUUUGCUGAAGCUAUUCAAUGCAGACUAUGCCGCUCUGUCCAUCCGAGAAGAAAUCAAAACACUGGGUGGAUCAACGCGUUCACAGGAAGUUUUAGCCCUGCUGGAAUAUCUCAAAGUCCGCAAGUUCAAUUCCGUCCUCGCUUCCCAUAAUGUGAAGAGGGACUUCCCCGACCUGCAUUUCCAACCCGGAUUCAAGACCAUUUCCGGAAUGCUGUAUGUGCCAUUAUCAACGGACGGUAUGGACUUUAUUGUCUUCUUUCGUCGAGGGCAGCUAACCGAAAUCAAAUGGGGCGGCAAUCCCUACGAGAAGAAGUUCGCCGAGGGCCAUUUGGAGCCACGCGGCAGUUUCCAGACAUGGAAAGAAACGGUUUUGGAUCAGUCUCGGGAAUGGACGGAGUCAGAGGUGGAGACUGCAGCAAUCAUGUGUCUGGUGUACGGCAAGUUCAUCAAAGUGUGGCGACAGAACGAGGCCGCUCUGCAAGACUCGCAAUUGACGAAGCUUCUAUUGGCCAAUUCUGCUCACGAAGUCCGCACCCCAUUGAAUGCUGUGAUCAAUUAUCUGGAAAUCGCUUUGGAGGGUACCCUUGACAACGAGACACGCGAGAACCUCACCAAAUCUCAUUCGGCCUCCAAGUCACUCAUCUAUGUUAUCAACGAUCUCCUUGACCUAACCAAUGCCGAAAAGGGACAAAAUUUGAUCAAGGAUGAAUCGUUCGACCUGCCAUUGACUUUCAGAGAGGCAACUGACAUGUUCCAGUCGGAAACUCGCCGAAAGGAUAUUAACUACACCGUUCUGCAACACCCAGGGCUUCCCAAGGUUGUAAUGGGAGAUCAGAGGCGUGUCAGACAGUCCAUUACGAAUUUGAUCUCUAAUGCAGUUCAGCAUACAUCUGCAGGGGGUGUCACCGUGGAAAUAUCUCGUGCGCCUGGACAAUCCGAUCCAGGCACUGCUGUGGUACAGAUAGUGGUCCACGACACAGGCUCUGGGAUGUCCCAUGACACCCUCGAGACGCUUUUCCAAGAACUGGAGCAAAUAUCUGAAGUGAACGAUCUUGACAUGUUCGAUCGAGAAGAAGAAAAGUCUCUGGAUGCGCUCAUGGAGGAGCAGGAAAAGCGGGUUUUGGGCCUGGGGCUCGCGUUGGUGUCUCGGAUUGUUCGUAACAUGCAUGGCCAACUUAGUGUUCGAUCAGAAGAGGGCAAAGGCAGCCGUUUCCAGAUUUCGCUUCAGUUCACAAUCCCAGAAGGUGCGCCCCCGUCCAGUCGCCGGGAAUCUCACAUACCGAUUUGCACGAUCGAGCCAAAGACUCCGCUGCAGUCGAAAGAGGAGUUUAUUCUCGUGGACGGACGGUCUCCCCCCAGCGAGAAAAGGCACAGUGGCGCUAGUCAGUACAGCGGGAGAAGUCUGAAGAGCUCGAAAAGCGAAUCCGGCUCGGUUACCAAGUUGCCAGAAGACUCAGCAACAACCGAGGCGACGCCAAGCAAAGAUGAGGCGCAGGGUGAGCCCGAAAAUGCGCCGCAAGAACAAGAUAAUGAUGUUCCGCCCACCGACGAAGCGCCAAUCCCCCAAGAGCCUGCUACUCAGGAUCCACAGCCCGCUACCGAAGAGCCUGGCGUGCCUCCGGUCACCUCUCAGAUUGCGCUUCACGAACAAGAUGAACCACCAACGGUCGAGCAAACCCCAGAAACUCAGCGGAACGAAAAGCCCGUCGAGUCCCCCGCGCCCGCGUCAGAUCCGUCGUCCCUCACCCGAACUCUCCGCGUACUUGUCGCAGAGGAUGAUCCGAUCAAUGGCAAGAUCCUGCAGAAGCGACUGAAUAAGAUGGGUCAUACCAUGCAAUUGACUCUGAACGGCGAAGAUUGUGCCGCUGCGUAUCGUGCCGAUCCUGCAGCAUAUGACGUCAUCUUAAUGGACAUCCAGGUAUGUUGAGUUCAUCUACACUUUGAGACCCGUUACUAAUGUUGACUUCUGAUAGAUGCCCAUUGUGGACGGCAUGAAAUCGACUCAAAUGAUCCGCGAGUUUGAGAAAGAGUCUUCGGCAGAUGACCUAUCUAAUCUCUCCUAUAUCUCGAAACGGAACGGUCGAGUCCCGAUCUUCGCUGUCUCCGCCUCUCUUCUAGAGAAAGAUUCACAAUCAUAUAUCGACACUGGCUUUGACGGCUGGAUCAUGAAACCCAUCAAUUUCACUCGACUGAACUUCCUGUUUGACGGUCUUCAACUUGACGACGCUCGAAACAGUGCAACCUACCAGCCCGGCUACUGGGAAAACGGUGGCUGGUUUACCGAACGAGAAACGAAAUAAAGUCCUGUCACGCUCUGAUGCCGUGAUAAAAGUAUCUCACACAUCACAUAUUUUUUUUAUCUGUUGAAUUUUGGUCUUCUUCAUGGCGUCAAAGAUUAACGAGCCCUUGUAUACGGUAUGGGAAUUGGCUUUUCAUGGUGGCAUAUUCUGAUGAUAUUUUUUCCAUUCCAUCUCUAGCAUGAGUGAGAUAUGCGUUUUUUCUUUCUUAUUCAUUUUCAAAAUAUACCCCACUAGUUAUAUUUGUUUAUUUGACGUCCGAAGAGAGACUCUUUUCUGUUUUGUUGUUCCAUAGCUACUAUAGACGAACGAGGUUUUCUACGGGAGUCGAAAGCCUAGCAUGAUGUGAUAUCAUAUUUAGGGGUACUUGUGUAUAUUCAAUUCAUUCUUGAUU